AGCAAGGUAAUCCAAAUAAUAAACGUGAUCUUUGAUGCAGCUCAUAUGGAACUCAUUCAUUUUCUACCAUUUUUUCCUCACGAUGGUCGCGGGGGGGUGCUGGAGCCUAUCCCAGCUGUCUUCGGGCGAGAGGCGGGGUACACCCUGGACUGGUCGCCAGCCAAUCACAGGACACAUAUAGACAAACAACCAUUCACACUCACAUUCAUACCUAUGGACCUUAUGCCUUUGGAGUGGCUAAUUAACCUAGCAUGUUUUUGGAAUGUGGGAGGAAACCGGAGAAAACCCACGCAUGCACGGGGAGAACAUACAAACUCCACACAUAGAUGGCCGAAGGUUGGGAAAGACAAAAUAAGAAGCCAAAAAGUUACCACUUCCACACAAAAUAGGAGAACUCAUUCAUUUUCUACCGCUUAUCCUCACAAGGGUCACAGGGAACUAAAACAUUAAAACAUUUGGGGUGGGUUGGCACAAUAUUAGCCCCGGCCCCCAUCAAAAAAGAAGUUUAUAUUGAAAAUCACAGAAAAAAAAGAAAAAUCUAAAGACAUUAAAACACACCUUUUGACUUUGUGUCAAUGUCUGAUUUUGUUCGAGGGACAAAAAUAUCCAAAGAAAGUGUUCUCGUUCAUUUCCCUCGUAGAAUGUGCUAGCUAUCAAACCGAAAACUGUAAGUGAUCCACUUAGUUGAGCACAGUAUACCUACUCAAAUGUCAAGGUACAGUGUAUAUUGACACUGCACUUUUAAGGGUUUUUAGGAGUUUUUCUGUAUUGGAUUGUAUACCUAAUGAAGUGAGGUCAAGCAUGAAUCGGAUUCAUUUUGAAGACACAAGUCACAUCUUUUUUUUUUAUUGCUGUGAAGACCAUAGAAAACAGGGAGAGUACACACUGCACCAAUACUGACAGCAUUAACGUGGAGGUGAAAACAUUGGUGGAGUGUAACAGCACGGAUUGUCUAACAUUUUGUGCCUUGAAUGAUGUCAUGCUAGACAACAUAUAUGAGGUCGGGUGGUGAUGCCACUACAAUCAAAGACUUUCUGAUGAAUACAAUAGUUUCAUAAUAUGCAUAGUCACAUGGUGCAUAAAGACAUAAUAAAGCUGGUGAUAAAACAAAACCUUUCUUUAGUCCUGAACAAAUCCUACUUGUCCAUAUUUGGAUACAUGUUGACACUUAACAGGAGUGCAGCAUAGGGGUCAUUACUUUCGAUACACUGUUCCCUGUACCCGCAGUAACAUACGGUUCAUUUUGCACACUCUCCAUGUGCAAUCUUAUAUAUUUUUUUACCAUUGCAGCAGAAUAUACAGUAGGUGUACAGGUGAUCCCUGCUAUUUGCUGGGGUGAUGUUCCAAGACACACCCGAGGCAUGCCCAUAUGUGUUUUUGCACAUGGUACCGAUUAUGUCCUCCAAAUACUGUGUGCGCUUCGACUCUUAGUAGGUUUUUAGAGCGGCUGUUGAAUUCAGACUUUAUGACUUUCUACCAAAAAGCACAAAGUAACAAAAACCAUGGCCACACUCUUUGAGUGGUAAAGUCAUAUGAUACAAAUGGAAUAAAUCCAUUAGUUGACAACUCCAAUAAGUUCUUUAGUUAAGCGGGCCACAUUUCUAUUGAAUAAAGAUAUUUAUUUGUAUCUUAUUCUGUAUUUUGUUGUUUUGAGUAAAAAUCUAUUUUCGUUGUAUUGAUAUUACUCAAGCAUGCAUCAAAUAAAAUUCAGGUUUAUGUCAAAUAGUACAAAUUUUUUUUUAUUUUUUUUUUUAAUUUGCCCAAAAGUUUAUUUUUUAAUAAUGACCCAUUGGCAAGAGGUCCUUGGAAUAGCACUCGUCAUAAAUAAAUAGAAUCAUGCACAGUUGAUACAUGUGAUCGGUAUCGGUCGAUCUCACCUGUGGAUUAUCGUAUUCGCUAAUUACAAGUCAUUUCUUGACCAACAACCUGCAAAUGGGCAGGGAUCCACUGCACUGGUUUCCAGUUGUGAGCAGCUUACCAUCAUAUCUGAUAUCAUGUAGUACAAUGAAACACUGGACAGCUGAAAAUCACAGUUUUGACUAUUAGCUGUUAUUUCAUACAAUACGAGGCCAUUGCCAACACUUUGGAAUGAAACCAUUAAAAAAACAGUGCUUUAGCUCCAGUUAGCAUGUGUGCGCACGUGGAGAAAACUAACCUGUGAAAUCUGACUAUCAAGUUGAUGGAAAAAAUAAAUAAAAAAAAAUAGGACCCUGAACUUUGAGGAGCUUCCUGGUGCAUUCACAGGCACACCCCCCUUUUGUUUGAUUUAAAAGUUAAAAACAUCACUUCUACAGGUUAAAUACUUCUACAGUAUAUUAUAAAUAUGAUAUAGCAUGACACAAAAAGCUUAUAUGUAUAAAGCAUAACAAUAAAAACCCUGUCAAGCCAACACAGCAAAAACACCACACACAUUUGUCCUAGUUGACCCUUUCCGUCACACAAACGUACACCUUUUAAAGAAGACCCCACAUCCACUUAUCAUUUACAUCAAUGCAUAUAGAAUUUCAUAUAUAAUCCUUGUUACGUGUUGCUCAUAUUUGUGACUGGUUUACAAUAUUUAGCUAGUUAUCAGACCAUUUGAUAAGUUGACUUUCUUAUAUUCAGACAAGGUUUUUUGGGGGGUAUAUGAGACGGUAUUUUAUCAUCACGUCAUAUUUGGACACCUGCAGUCUACCUCCGAAAACUAAAAAUAGUAAACAAACCCCUCUGGAGUCUCAAACAUCAGGUCUAGUGAAGUCUUUUUUUUUUUCAACUCGUUUUUUUGAAAAUGCAUCAUGGCCAAUGUUGCAAAUUUGACAAUUCACCGCCCAGAGGCAGCUAAUUAAUGCACUUAAUGGGACACACCUAAACCUAGAAAGCCCGGAAUUAAAAGACCUCUGAAAACCUCCAAGGUUUUGUGCUUUUAAGUCCAUGCUGUGGGCAUGUAGUCACAGUCACAUUCAUGAUAACAUCUCAUAAUUACGGUAUUUUGACUGUAUUGUGGUCUUUUUCAAACAUUAACGGAACUCGUACCCUGCCUGGGUGCAUUGAUGUCACAUAGCAACAUAGAAAGAAAAGCCACACCUAGCGUCAGAUUUUUCCAAACUCUAAAAUAAAAAAAACAGCAGUGGCGGCAGCUUUCGCUAAUGGCCUGGGACCACUGGCGAGGUGUCACUACACCACGUAGUUCUUGGGUGUACCCAUGUUAAUAACAAUAGCACCACUGUAGCUUGGUUAAUAUGCAGCUCAUGUUAUGUAAAUGGAGGUUCUUUUCAGAGGGCUUUAUAGGUGCUUCCCAUUGUGUGCAUUUUUUUUUGGCUACUUCUGGUUAGCUGUUUUUAUAUCUUUAAAACGCACAGAAAAGAGAGCUAUGUGUUCAUGUCUCAUAAGGCUUGUAGAUGAUGGGGAAACAUUCCAAAAAAAAAAUCAGUUUUCCUUUAAAAUUCCUGAAAAAUAGUGCACAGGACCUUUGGGAUGCUAUGGUCACAUGUAAAACCCCGCUGCUCAAGUGUCAAAUUAGCUAAGCGGGCAAACUCGUAUUUAGGGCACGUUGUAAUCUGCCGAAUGUUGUAGCACUUCUUCAUAAUUGUAGAAGCGACUCAUAAACAUAAUAAUAAAAUGUGCAAUAAAAAGGUCUGUACUUCCCUUUAAGUGUACUUCACUUAAAGGGAAGUUGACAAGGAAGAAGGUGCACCAGUUGACCAGGGAGAAUAGGCUUGAGCUAUACGAAUAAAAGUAAAUCACAGGUUCCAGUGUAGCGGUGCACCUAAUACGAUCAAUGGUUGAUGUUACAUUCACGUCAAAUCGGUUCAAUCGUUAAAACGCACACAUCAGUAACGUUAGCAACAUCCAAAAUACACUGCAGAAGACCAACUAAAAGUAUGAAUGAAUGGCUUGGUACCAUACUACAGGCCCUUGUUGAAGUAGACCAUGCUGGUGCUCGGGCUGCUUUGUCGUAUCCUCUCCUGAAGCUCCGCCUCCAGCCCACUCACACUCAUAGAACUGCGAAUAGAUUACGGGAUGCAAUUACAAAAAAAAACAAAAAAAAAAACACAGAGACUGUGCAGCGGUUACCUUUUUUGCGGAAACAGGGCGCAGCACAAAGGCGUGGCAAACACCAGGCUGCCAAAGAGUUAAAGUGUUACUUUUGACAUUCGUUUGUAAAUUCUGGUGCAGUUAGUCAUACUCACCACAAGCCCACAAGCCCCACCUGGACCGGAGCGUUUAGAAUUGGGAAGCGCUGCAGAGAGACCACAAUGAGAUGCAUAACAACACAGUUGGAAUGUGGAGGGACUUCUUUCAGGCGGUAAAAUACCUUCAUGAAGGCUCGCUUUUCCAAAGCGUUCAUUAUGACGGGGGGGAUAGCUGUCACACAAACAUGUCGAGGGUUAACAUUUCACAGCAUUCUCAAACGAUGAGCGAAUUCAAGAAACAAUACAAGCAGUUGAUGUUUGCUAAAUACAAGGAUGAAGAGUCUUGAACCAGUCAUGAUGUGCUAUAUAUAUCACUAUAUUGACACUUACUAUGGUACCCAUUAUGUUAUUGGAUGGUCAUAGCACCUCGUAUUUCGGUACAUGACAAAAAACUAAAAAUUUUUUUUUUUUUUAAACAACAAAAACUUAAAUUAUAUUAGGAAAGCAGGAAGUGAACAAAUGUAACAGUUACCUUUUACAUAAGCCCUCACAGCUGUGCCAUUAUUAGCCAUUAUUAGUGCCUGAUGAUUUAGGAAAUAAUAAUAAUAAUAAUAAUGAACUUAAUAGGAUUAAUUGUACUAUAGCAACAUUAAUAAAAAAAACUUAAACUAUAUUGGGAAAGCAGGAAGUGAAAAAAAAAUAAAUUAAAAAAACAACUUCAACUAUAUUAUGAAAGCAGGAAGUGAACAAAUGUAACAGUUACCUUUUACAUAAGCCCUCACAGCUAUGCCAUUAUUAGCCAUUAUUAGUGCCUGAUGAUUUAGGAAAUAAUAAUAAUAAUAAUGAACUUAAUAGGAUUCAUUGUACUAUAGCAACAUUAAUAAAAAAAAACUUAAACUAUAUUAGGAAAGCAGGAAGUGAAAAAAAAAAAUAAAUUUAAAAAAACAACUUCAACUAUAUUAUGAAAGCAGGAAGUGAACAAAUGUAACAGUUACUGAUUGUAAAAGUACCAGAUGGAGGGGUAGGAUUUAAUAAGCUUUGCUUCUUCCUACUCCUUUUGGACAUGUGGAACUGUGAACUCAUUAUGUGAUGCAUUCAUUUCAUUCCCCCCUCAGUAACUAUAAAUUACCUUUACAAUGCAUUAGCUCACAUGUUUACUAGUGUUUCCACUCAAUACACACUACUGUGGAACUUGGAUAUACUUUCAAGUAGUCAGUGUACAGCUUGUAUAGCAUUAUAGAUUUAGUGUCUACUGGAAAUGACUUGACAGUCCCUAUCGUAUAAUAGCAAGCAUUGCAUUGUGGCGGUAGCAUCAUGGUCCGGAGCUGCAUGAGUGCUGCUGGCACUGGGGGAGCUGAGGUUCAUUCAAUUUAAAUUAGACGUUUUGUGUGUGUUUGUGUACAUAAGUGUCCUUACCCAUGGCCGGCACUGCCAUGCCGAUCCUGGACACCACGACCUGCAUGAUGGCCUGCUGGGCCGCACUGACGCUCUCGCCUAACCGCUUUCCAUUCUCAUCUGUCACGGGAAUGCCGUACUUCAACUCCCUGGGGGUGGGAGGUGGGGGGGGGGGGAUAACGUGGAAAUAAGGUACAGUCGAGUGGCGUGUCGCUGGAAGAAGAACACGACAGCGAAGGAGCUCUCACCUCUGUCUCAUGAAGGGAAUGUUGAUGCAGUUUGCGGCGGCCACGGCAGCGAAUGGCACGAAGCGGCUGACGAUUGGCGGGAGACGCUGAGAAGGCAGAGUGCGACAAUGCUUAACACAAACCAGCAUAAAGUUUGCCAAUGAGGGAGUUCAUGUUUGAUGGCGUGUUACCGUGGCCAAAGACUUGAGUCCCAGGGCGGUGACCACGGCGCCGGUAGUAGCGCUCACGUAGGCCGCACCAAGCUGACUGGAAGCAUGUCACACACAGCAGACACUGAUCAAUAUCAUGGCGGAAGACUUCAUCUAUUCACGAUACCAGCUCUUCAUCUAUGCCAAAUGUGGCCCGCAGGACACUAGUUUGAGGCCGCCGCCUUCAUAUGAAAGUUUAAUGUUAGUGCGGCCCGCGCAAGUUUGAUAUGGAUGCUGUAUGGUAUCAUGCACCCAGAAAAAAUUCUUACGUUUGAUUAAUGUUCAUGUUAAAGGUUAAAUAACUCUUAAUAGUUAUCCUCCCUAUCCGUGUGGAAGUGGUACGUUUUUGGCUAUUUAAGUUUAAAGGAAAUAACUUGAAGGCUACCGUUUAGGUCGCUAGCUCUCUAGUUUGCGAGUUAGCAUGUGUCUCAAGACCCUGCAGUUGCGCAAUAUGUUGUAAAUAAAAAAAAAGUAUAAAUGUGACUAUAGUCGUGUUUUGUCUUGUCUACAGGGGUCUAAUUAAUGCUAUGUUCAUUUUAAUCUGAAAAAAAUAAUUUGUCUACCCACCAACUAUAUGUGGUUUCUUAAGUUUUUAUUAUUUGCCGUUUUAUUAUUAUUAUAUUUAUUUAUUACUGAUUGAUUUUCUUUAUUCUUGAUUUGUUUAUUUAUCUUAUUUUGUGCAGAAAAAUAAAAAUUAACCAAAGCACUGAAAAAGUUUGUAUAUUUUUCUGUUUUUAAUAAAUGCGUUUUUUUUUUUUUUUUUGGAAAACCUGAUGCGGCCCAGUCUCACCCAGACCCUAGCUCCAGUGGCCCCCAAGUAAAUUGAGUUUGAGACCCCUGAUGUACACAGUUCUAAGCUGGAUGAAUGGAUUUGUCAUGCUCAUCGGUCGCUGCCAAACUGUAUGGACGUGCAAAUGUGGAUCUAAGAACUUAAGAAGGAAAGUGAGUGGUCCUCCCUACUUGACAGUGAUGGGUGCAUCUCCACUGCGGUUUGUGUAGUUGACCACAGCGUUGAAGGACUGGUUAACCCACUGCCAGAACACCACAGCCGGAGUUGUCCUGCAAACAUGCGACACAUCCUUUUAUAUUGACCACCUCUCAUCUCCAUUAUUAAUAAGCUGUCAUAUGCAAGAGGGUUGAUCCAUUGUUAUUCUAAUGUAAUGACACUGUGACGUAGUUGCAUAAAAUAAGCAGCUCAUAUUCAUGAGACUUUGCGCCUGACACACAAAAGGAGGUCAACGUUCUGCCAAAGUUGAGUGACAUUUUUUUUUUAGUCUUUAAGAGGAUUUUCACUCUCAAACUGGGAUUAAAAAUCUAUUUCAAUCCCAUGCUGCUCUCAACGUAUUUAUUUCAUGCGGAUCAAAAUUUCCAUGUGUUCUAGUCUGUUCAGUAGGUGCUUGCAACAACACGCACACACAGAUGCGGUACCUGUAGAACGUGAGCAUGCAGCCAGUGAUGGACAUGUUCAUGGGCACCUGAGCAGACAUCCGGCCAAUCACGAACAUCUUCUCCCCGGUGUCGGGGUGGAAGGCGGAGUCGUACACGUACUUGGCUCGCCACAGCUGAUCCUCCGUCAGGCCGGGCGUCACGAUACCAGCUCUGCAAAGAUCAAAACAGAAAUGACCUGCCAUUUAACUACGGUACUGCUGGAUUCAUUUCCUCAAACUGCGUUGACAUAUUCAAUAUAUCAUGUAAUAGAUAUUGUUCCCCUCACUGGGUACCUUGUCCACUUCAACGUCUACAACCCUCAGAAGUCCAUGAACUUGUAGCUGCGGAUUAUGCAGUCAAAGGUAAGCCAACACCGCCAUCAUGUGGCCAACUGACUCAAAGAUGCACAUUAUAACGUUUUGUUGUGUACUUAGUUUGCAUGUUGAAACUGCCUCAGGCCUCGCCUGGCUUUGAAGGUAAGCAAUUAUUUGAAUUUUUCACAUUUUUUUUGGAAUUUUUUUAGAGUUGUAGCCUACAUUUCAUCUUUGCAUUCUAUUGGAAGACAUGCUGGGCAUUGUCACUACGUUUGGGUGAAUUUAGGCCUGAUUAAUUAAGACACUAUAUCAGGAUGAAAACUACUAACUGUACGGUCAAACACAUGAGGCCGUGCUGAGGGAAAAGGAAACCAACCAUAGCAAGAUAAAAGCAUGCAAAAACGCUCAAAACUACCCCGGACUCAUGACUAAGGGCGUCACAAGAUCUCAUGAGAUUCAAAUGUGACAAGAUUUCUCAUUCAGAAAAAAAAACACUGUCUCAUGUGACAAGGCAGAGGACAACAAUAAAUUAAUGCAUUAAUUACACAGUAAAUAACCAUGAUUUUAAUCAUAUUUACUCAUUGGAAAUGUUAGUUUCAGCCUUUGUUCCAUAGAACAACAGCAUGAAUGGAGUGAUCCUUUUGUCAGUCAUAGUCUUUGUCUCGGUGGGUGGAGGCGGGGCCACAAUCAUACAAGCAACAGAUAUUAAAUUAGUAAACUGCCAUAUAUAUAUAUAUAUAUUUUUUUUUUAACCUAUUAUCUUGUAUCGUCUUGUAAACUGAGCGUCUCGUGAUGCUCUUACUCGCUACUAUUCCAAUCCACACAAUUUUAAAUCGCACCGCCAUCUGUUGAAUUUGCUGGGAGGACUGCACAAGCUGAACCAAAAAUUUAUAUAUCAGAUUCAUGAGCCACGUUUACAUGGACCCAAAUAUUCCAAUUCUAUUCGGGUUAUUUGCUCAAACAGAAAGAAUCUAACCUCAUUCCAAAAGAAAAGUGCCAAUCCGAAUGAAUAUAUAAUCGGAAAGUUGUCAGGGUGCGUUCUUUCAGCGCAUGCUCAGCUGUGACGUAACACGCAGACGUCUCUCAGGUUUUGAAAAUGGCGGCGAGCAGUCAUCACUGGACUACAGCGGAAAGUUCUUUUGAUACAAACUUUAAAAGAACUGAACGUAAUUGCAAGACUGAUGUUGAAUUCGAUGAAUCACGUGAUGUUGUUUACGUUUUACUGCGCAUGCCCCAUUGACUAUUCCGUUUGAUUAUAGCGGUGCAUGUGGACAGGAGAUUGGAAUAUUCCUUUCCAUGUAUACACUGUUUUCUAGUACGUCAUUCGGAAAGAGGAAAAUCUCAUGUGAACGUGGCUAUGGAAAUCAGUACUGUACAUGUUGGAAAACUACCUGUAGUUCUCCACAAUCACUCGGGCCUCCUCCAGAGCCUGAGAGGACAGGAGGACGUUCCUGGGGUCUGUGACCAUGAAGAAAUGCUUGGCUCGGCCCAUAAACGUUCCCUGGUCCCAUCGUGGCUCUUUGAUAUUAAUGUUGAAUGACAGCUCUCCAGACAUCUUGGCUUCCUUGGCACAAAAACAGACUUUUAUAUUUCCAAAUACUUCUUCCUCUGUAAUUGUUAUUCCCGACACAAUGCGGCUACAUCGAUAUUUGCAUGCAUUACAAUUAAUAGCCAUGUUGGUGUGGAAUGUCAUAGUUUGGAAUCCGACACAGGAAGAUAUUCUUAACCUAAUAAAUAAUUCACUUGCAGCUAAAUUGAGCAAUAUCAUACUUAGAAAGGCAAGAUUUUUCAAAAAACUCAUUAGAUUUUGCAGUUUUACCUCAUGUUUUGUUUCACAACAUGAACUUUCUUUAAUUCUUUAAACGGUAAACAAGAAAAUGACGGAUUAUCAUAUCGAUGCCAUAGUGAUUGCAUUUCGAUGGAGUGGAAGGGUGGAGUCAAGGACACAAUCACCUUCCAGCAACGUUAUUGUUGUUUUAUGAGUAUCAAAAAGAUGUCACAAGAAGUCAACAGGACACAGGAUCUUCCCAGGAUGGCUAUCAUAUCAGACACCCUUUUGAAUUAAACAUGGCCGGAGGGGAAGCACCAUGCAUUGCUGAUUGCUCGGCACACUGCAAGCCAAAGCAGAAGGGGAGCAGCACCAGGACUAAACUACCAAAGAAACCCAAGAUGUGAAUAUACGAGAAGGAGGGUCUUCUUCUGUGGAUUGUGGAUUACAUUUUUGUAAGCUGGCCACCCUGUAUUUGCCUCCGCCGCCCCUGACCCAGAUCUCCAAAACCUUUCUGGAUGACUAAGGGAAGGCUUUUCCCACACCGAUCAUGGCUGACUCCUCUCAACCUCCGGCGGGCUGGAGGGAGAUGACAAACGGGGGUGGGCACCCCCACCGUGCCAACAAUGGAGGGCAGGCCGGGGGGUCCCACAGCAGUGCACGCUAUAUGCUGAAGAGGCAACAGCAACGACACAGACGGAGGUCAUCCUCACCCAUGGGCAGGGUCAUUCUUAUCAAUGCACCUGUUGAUGGUGGAGAUGACAGUGAAGACAUCCACACAGUGACAGUAGACAAGACUCUGGAUGGGCGUCUGGGUUUCAGCGUCCGAGGGGGUUCUGAACACGGACUGGGCGUCUUUGUCAGCAAGGUGGAGGACGACAGCUCCGCAGCACAGGCCGGGCUGAGCGUGGGCGACAAGCUGGUGGAGGUGAACGGCGUCAGCCUGGAGAGCAUCACCAUGAGCAGCGCCGUCAAGGUCCUGACGGGCAACAACAGGCUGAGGAUGGUGGUGAGGCGUGUGGGCAAGAUCCCGGGAAUCCGCUACUCCAAGGAGAAGACCACAUGGGUGGAUCUGAUCCACAGAAGGAUGGUGGUGGAGGAAGGCGGAUGCACGCCGUCAGAGGCCAGUUCGGACAGCGCCCUCCGCAGGAUCGUGCAUCUCUUCACCACAUCAGACGACUACUGCCUGGGUUUCAACAUCCGAGGAGGGCGUGAGUUCGGUCUGGGCAUUUACGUGUCAAAGUUGGAUCCAGGUGGGCUGGCGGAGCAGCACGGCAUCAAGAUGGGGGAUCAGAUCCUCGCCGCUAACGGGGUUAGCUUUGAUGACAUCACACACAGCAAUGCCGUGGAGGUCCUGAAGAGCCACACUCAUGUCAUGUUAACCAUCAGGGAAGCUGGAAGAUACCCCGCCUAUAAGGAGAUGGUGGCAGAGUACGGGUGGCUUGACAGACUGGCUAACGGUGUGCCAGCGUCGUCCUCCCAAGGCUCCGACUCCCGUUCCUCCACGUCCUCCUUGUCCUCCAGCACCCCUCUCAGCUCCCUCAGCGGUCUAUCGCAGGUCCUCUUCCCGCCUGUCUUUGGCUCCGACUUAGUGGACGUGGCCGUCUCCACGGAGGACCUCUCCAGGCGUCCGAGCGCCACGCAGGGAACCUCAGACACGGCCAUACAGACCGAGACCUCGCCGGGCGUCCCCUCAGAAACCAGCCGUUCAAUCGGCGCCACCGUGCUGCUGAAGGAUACUUUCAUACAUGGGAUGGGGGAGGGGCCAAGGCAGACUGAAGGACCGACGAGGACGCCGUCUUCCGGGGACCAAGAGGUGGUGAAACACGACGGUGCUAAGACUAAGGUCCUGAUGGCCCUGAGUAGACCUCGGAAACCCAUCAGACGAUCCCAAAGUCACAUGACUCUGUCAGAGGACCAACAGAAGAAGAAGAAGAGAGUUCAAAAGGAGAAAAGCGUCCCAGCAGGAAAGUCCAACCUCCGGCGCUCCAAAACGUUUAUGAGUCUGUUUUUUAAGAAAGACGGCAAAGAGAAGAGCAGAUCCAAAGGACAAAGACGGCAGCCUCCAUCACCUCCAUCAGACACCCUGCAUCAUGUGGAGGACAUGUCCAAAAAGCUCCUCAGCCAGGACGAAGUGGCGGCUGUCACCAGACACUGUCAACGCUACUUGUCGGAGAAGGUGAUGGAGGAUUUAGUGCACCCCCUUCUGGCCAUCUUGGACCGGCCCGAGAAGUUGCUGCUUCUCCGAGAAAUAAGGAUGCUGAUUCCUACCAGUGAGUUGGCUGCUUUCGACAGCCUGGUCCUGCCUUUUGAACUGGAGGCCUACAAAGCUCUCAAGAGUCCGUGUGCGCUUCGCUCCCCUCGUAGAGGGACCCCUCGCCGCCACUUGGUCACCCCUGUCCCAGACUACAGGGGGGGGUUCCUCCUCCAGCCCGCCCUGACACAGUACCAUCCCUUGGCGGAGGACAUGGAGGCCCUGAGUCUAUCAGGCUCAGGUCACAUGACCCCCUCGCUGUUCUUCACCCCCCUGCUGGACGUACCCAUGGACAACGUCUCCUCGCUCCGUUCCCGCUCUCUUAGCCCCUCGCCCGCCCUCCUCACAGAAUCCCCACACAGCACCCGGUGGGGUGGCAACCAGAACGGGGUCGCAGGAGGAGGUGGCGCCCCCGAGCGAGGGAGGUCACCUGUGAGGAGGAGCAACGGGAGGACGGAGGUGAGCCCGGGAAGGCUGAGGAAACGGGACUCCUACGCUGAGGUUAGCAUACGUGUCCCAUCACCGCGGCCAACCAGGACGCCCUUGAAGGAUGUCUUUGGCGGCGCCCCCGCAGUCACAGUCAAUGGACUCUCCCCGAGUGGAAAUAGGAGCGCCACUCAGGAAUACCACGUAUCCACAGUGACCAUCUCCAAAGCCAAACAGUCGCUAGGCAUCAGUGUCUCUGGAGGGAUGGAGUCCAGAGUGCAGCCGGUGAUUAAGAUUGAAAAGAUCUUCCCUGGAGGAGCCGCUUCCAUGAACCAUGCCCUGAAGGCCGGCGACGAGCUGCUGUCCGUGGACGGUGAGAGUCUGCAGGGCGUGACCCAUCAGCACGCCGUGGACGUCAUUCGCCGUGCGUUCGGCAACAAAGCCAAAGACCCCAUGGUGCUGGUGGUCAAGGUCCCCAAGGCGCCGUCCGGGGGCGCCUGCUGACUGACUGAACGCCUCACUGCUUUUCUACUGCAUUCUUUUGUCAAAUAAAUUC